CCAAUUAAGAUCCCAUUAUCUCCACCCAGGCACCAGCGCCACAAAUGCAUAUCAUACUCGAGUACAGUGCCAGGAGUCGCAUCUCUUACGGUAUUUAAUGGGAAAGGCCAAGCCCGCAGCAUCUCCAACACUGCUUUUCCCCAACUGCUGGGAACCGUAAUACCCGUAGCCAACUUACUGGCACCCGUAUCACUCGCCGACUAGGAGCAGGGCCAUUAUGCUUCCAAGUCCCCAAAGCUCGGAUCUCGCGCCUCACAAUGGACGCUACUCCCAGAUAAUGCCAUCGGCACAACCCCCUACCGGCAUUAUAGCCACGAUCUUCCCUCAACCUCGCCACAAGACGCAGAAGUAGACACACCGGCAGCAAAUCCCCCAAAGUACAUGAUAACACGGUACUGGUAAUCGUGCUAGCAGAAAACCUGCCAUCCCGGCUUCCCCUUGCUCCCCAACCAUGAGCUACCCGACAGCACUCAACCUGCCCGAGUAUUGGGCUAACCCGCUAUCUACAACUAAAAUGCCAAGCAGCAUGAUAUGAUAUGAUAUGAUACCACAAAUAUCUCAGAGCCGCACUUCAUACCACGUGACCACCCGCAAAACAAUCAAACCUCGGCCAAGCCCCUCACACCAAAAACUUGGGCCCAAGAAACCGCAAAGGAGCCGCAUUCAGCCGCACACCCUUAGACAACAAAAAAAAAAAGAGAGCCCUUCGUACCGGUGUGGAAGUGUCUCGGUUGUCUUCCGGAUUUUGGAUGGUGUGAUUGACCGAGCUGACACCUGUGCAAUUGUGGUAACCGUACAAUGUAAUAUUCGAUCGGAUAAGAGUGUAGACUUAUGCUGAUAAAGUUGACAGUAAAACACAGUGAGAAAGCAAGCGAAAGGAGUGGGGAAAACAGCACCCAGAAACAACAGUAAAGAAGGUGGUGGUGUUGGUUGUACAGGAUGGGUUCUCGCUGUCUUGUUCCUCCGCUCUCUCUGAGGAAGGCAAGGCCAUGCCUCCAGGUGAAAAACAGCCACCUGCUAAGCCUCAUCCCAAACAGAAAAUUCUAUGGGCAAAAACCCAGCAAACAUGACCAGAAAACCCCUAAAACCUUCCUCGCACCACACCGGUACUUGUACGAUACCGUAACUUAUUUAUUCCGAUCUUUCCUCCCCCAUAAAACGCGCAAGUUCCCGAGUACAUGCACCGUGUCCGCACACCCGAUCUACGGAGGAAGAAGCAAAAAAGAAAAGAAAGAGAGAAAGGGAUAACAGCCACAACGCCAUGCCUUUUGAAUUCUCGCUUGGGUCUUUUAGAGGACAGUCUAGUUACCUUAUGCGCUCGAGAAGGGGUUUGAGUUGGUGAGUUGGAGAACAAGUACUGGUGGUGAUCAACACGAGUCCACGGUAUCAUAGUGAGGGCUAACAAGAGAGCGCCGACACCCAGGAAUAACUUAUCCCCGUCGCUGACGGCCCUAGUCCGAUUGCCCGGAAUGUCCGCCGCAGUAGUUAAUUUCUCACUGGGGCCCCACGGGCGUUACUGGUUCCAGUACAAAGGCGAAAACGGGCAAGUCGUGACAGGUACCCGAACCACCCUCCUCCCCCCGCCCUCCCCCGGCUUCUGACAGCAAUCCGCCCAGAGACCUCCCAAAACCUCUGGCCAUACCUCCGCUACGACCCGAACUCUGGCCUGGAAAUCACCCGCCUGGAAUUAGGCCAGGAAAAGACCUUCUGGGGCACCAAUUGCUGGGUAGAAAACGAUCAACCCUACCAGAGUAUAUUCUUCAAUAGCCUUCCGCAGGGACUGGUGGACCAGAUCACCGAGCUAGACAAUUCCGGGCAACUAGAGAGUUACAGUGAUAUCGGUAUUCUAGCGCUCGGGUGCGGGAAUUCCUGGGUUCUAGAGUGGAAGGGGUGGAUUUGGUCGGAGGGGAUCGAUCCGGAACUUCUCACGGCUUUGCAGGUGGGCGAAGGCGCUGCUGUCACCGUAAGUUCUCCUCUCUUAUAGAGCGCGACAGGCCGAUGUAUUGACCAGCCAUCGGCGGGAAGAAUGUCUGCCUGUCCCCUGUACAGACGGACUGCUGGUGGGUAGAAUACAGUGAUAAUACUACGCAUUUUCGGACCCCGACGGUAUGGAACAGUGCCGUUUCGCUGUUCGCCACACCCCAGUAUGCCUUAAAGAAGAAGAAGACAAGAGGCGUAGGGAGGAGUAUAAGUGUCGGGCUCAAAAGUAUCUCGCCCUAUGCUGGUGCCGUGGUGGCUGUUGCAGCUUGUGUUGUAACGUAGCAAUGGAAGAGUGCAUACAAUUGUUUGCCCCGU